GCCGGCAGGGCUGGGGGACCAGGUGACACUGACCUACCAGGGCUCAGGGACUGCUGGUACCACCACCUGGUACAAGGAUGGGCAGCGCUGGGGGCAGCAGGGACGUGACCGCAUCACUGUCACUGAGAGAGGCAGCUACACGUGUGAGAGACCCAGCAGUGGGCUCAGCCCCACCAUGAGAGUCUUAGAUGGAGAAGAAACUGCGGGAGCUCCGUGAUGGGACCGAGCUGUCCCUGUCCUCUCUGCAGCUGCAACACAGCGGCCGCUACCACUGCGGGAGCUUGGUGAAAUCCAGGGUAUCAAGGGGAUGGGAGGAGUCACCGCCAGUGACAGUGACAGUACACGAGCUCUUCCCUGUGCCGGUGCUGGAGGGUCCCCCUGAGCCCCCCAUGGGGUCCCUCCUGAAUCUCAGCUGCCUCAGCACCCCCAGCACCCUGCGGCCCCGAGCCCCACUCCUGCACGUGUUCUACCGGGAUGGGCAGGUGGUGGGGGGCCCGCAGGGAUCCCCGCAGCUGCUGGUGCCCGCUGUGGGGGUCUCCCACUCGGGGCAUUACAGCUGCCAGGUGCACUCUGAGGGGGGAGCCGUGAAGAAGAGCAGUGCAUGGCUCCGCGUCACAGUGCGCAGUGAGUGCGGGGAUUGGCAUGGGGAAACCUCACAGCCUCCCUGGGUCCUCUGCCUUGGUAUCUCCAUUAUUACCCGGGUCCCCCCAUCUCUCACAGUGUCCCUUCACCCGUCUCUGAGUCAACCCCACCCCUCUCUGCAGUUCCCCCAUGGUCUCCAAGUCCUGCCAUCCCCUCCCUGGGUGGGCUCAGCCCCUGUCACCUUCACCUGGCUGCACAAUGGGCAGGAGGUAGCCCAGGGUCCCAUCCUGGAGCUCCGGGCCGUCAAUGUGGGACAUUCAGGCACCUACCGGUGUGUGGCCACCAACCAGCUGGACGGGCACCAGGCAUUCAGCCCAGAGCUGGAUCUGGCGGUGACAACACAGGAACAGCGCACAGCCCUCAGGAAACAGCAGGAAAGACACCCUUUUAUCCUCACAGAGCCCUCUCAGAGCCCUUGA